AUGUAAACAUGACCAAGAACCAUUUUGUCGUUAGGAUUUUUAUUUAGACAUUAACACGAUGGAAUUCAAAAUAUUACUAAUUUAACUGCUCAGCAUCACACACUUACGCCAGUUAGUAUUUCAUUCGCAUUGGAGACAGGACUUGGUUGAUAAAAGCUGGCGUUACAUGGAUAACAUCUAAACGUUAGCAAACAAUGGCCAUGGUUUUUCACACUGAAAUAGCCUCCAUCAUGGAGGUGCUAGCGAAUGCAGCCGUGGCAGAAGUCUGUAAACUCGUAGACGACGACUAUGCAGUGUUUCGUUUGGAAAUAACUCAAAGCCAGAAAGAAAACAGGGCAUUGCGGAGGAAACUACAGCUACUGGAACUGAAGGUGGCACGGGAGCGCGCAGAGAGGACAACGCGAGAGCGCGCACUCUCCAAACGUCCCAGUAGUGUCAAGAUGAUCGACGGAUACAGAGGAAUGGAAAGAGGUGGAGGACAUAUCACUGGAGGCCACAGGAGCUUUGUGAAGCCAGCGGGACACAAUACAUGGAGAGAUGACCAACCAAUCACUGUUGAUGAUGGGAGUGGAACCUCAACCCAGCACGUUAUCAUGAUAGAGGAUACAGAUGCAGAGGCUGCAGGUCCUAGAGGAUCGUCCCUGGUCAAGCAGGAGAGGACUGAAGAAGAGGACACACAACACAACAUCAUGGAGUCAGUAGACGUGGAGGAUGGGAAGCCUGAUCUGCUACUGGUCAAAGAGGAGACGAUAGAAGAUGAACAAGAGGGCAUUAACCUGUUGAGUGGACUAAAGAUGGGGGAGCAAGGUGGUUGGCUGGAGGCUAACAGAGGAGACUGGGCGGACAUCUUGGAUUCCCAGACCCAGACAAGUGCAGUCAAUGGCCCGGGGGACGACAUCACUGAGCAGGCCAGGACUAGAGGCGACAAUGUGGAGGUCAGUGGAUGGGACAGUGUCUUCAACACUGGGCUGGGGAACAACAGUGUUAACCACAACCAGAAACAGACUGUUGAACACAAAACAACAACCGAAUUUAGUCUCCGUGACAACAGACUGGCUGAGACCAGGACGAGUAGUAGAUUUUGUCUGCGGGGACAGGGAGGUGUUGGUAUGCAGCUGGAGAGAACAGACUCUGACUCGGCUAGCGAUGCUCCGUCUUGCUCCUAUAGUUGUGAUUCAGAGAGACUGAUGGCACCUCAGGUUAACCCUCUAACAGGUGCUGCCUUCAGCCUGCCUUCUAUAGGAUCUAUCAACUGGAACAUGGAUCCUGAGACAACACAGACACUCCCUGGCCUUCAUCCUCCUCACACUCUCCUUAUGUUAAACCAGACCUCAGACAAUGCCAGUGCCUCAACCUUAAAUGGCUGCACAAGCCCAUUGACAAAUGACAGUAUUAGAGAUGGAAUCAGUAAAGGUGGCAGCGCCAAAGAGAAGCGCUUUCCGUGUUCAUUUUGUGGGAAAGCCUUCCGUUUGCCCAAACAGGUGGAGAUCCACCAGAGGAUGCACACAGGGGAGAAACCUUUUGGCUGCCACCUGUGCCGGGCCAGUUUUUCAGACUCGUCCAACCUGAAGAGGCACCAGAGAGUCCACACAGGGGAGAAACCCUACAGCUGCCCCCAGUGUGAGAAGAGGUUCUCCCGCCAGCAUCAUAUGAAGAUGCACCUGAAGGUCCAUACAGGAGAGAGGCCGUUUGCCUGUACUCACUGUGGGAAGAGGUUCUCAGAGAGGAGCUACCUCAGGGUACACCAACAGAAAAUGCACACGGCCCAUGUAUAGUAAUAUGUAAUGUUGUACUACUACUUAGUACUAAUUCUGUUGGUUUUGGAUAUUGUAGGGAAGUGGAUGAGGUGAACUGAACUGAAGAAAUAAUGAGUAUGAUGAGACAUAGAAGAUCAGGGGUUAGCAACAGGAUUUGGGGGAUUUGUUUUUGGUUAAAAACAGACCAGGAAUUCAGCUGAAAGUAUUCCCACAAAUAAAUAAAUAAAAAAGUAUCUCAGUGUUAUCAAGGUAUGAAAUUCUUGUUAUUUUCAAUACAAUCUCUUUGGGCUUAGUUGUGGUCAUUUUGCAGCGUACAAAUUAUAAUUCUUUUCCAUCCCCCUGACCAUUCGCUCCGAGAAAGAUUCAGCCCGCAGCUGAGUCUAGUUGCCUACCCCUGGAGUAGAUGAUAUUGUCAUGGUUGGGGUAUUCUAAAAUGCUUCAUUGAUGAUUUGGACAAUCUUGUCCUGUUGUUUUGAUGCUGGUGUUUUUAUGAGGAAAUGAUAAUGCCUUAAUUCAUGUUUACUUAUACUGAUCAUAACAAUGGGGUGAAACUCCAGGACAACAGUUGUGAUUGUUUAUUUUACUUUGUCCUGUCCUGUUUUUAGGUUAUGUAUCUUUGUUUACAUGACAGCAACUUCUUUUCUUUUAAUUGAGUGCCAUUUAGGUUAGGCUAUUUGAUCGGAGAAACCUGCAUUAUGUAAAAAGAGUCUCAUUACAUUGUCAUACAUUUUAUCUCCAGCCUGUAGAUUACAGAAAAGGCCACGCACACUUUCUACCAUAUCAUAGAUCUGCUGCAUGAUUUAUGUUAGAUCAUUUUUUACAGAAUGUUGGUUGAGCGCUGCAGAGGUGCAUCUUUCCAACAGCACCCUGGAGAGGCGCGCUGGGAAUGAACAAGCAAAAUAUUUUACGCCCCUGCCUUUGAUAAAGUGGGCACUGCUUAUCAAAGGGCGGCAUCACCGCUCACCUAAAAAGCCCAUAUGCCACUGGUUGAGAGAAAUUAUCAUUGUUUUGUGGCAGAAUUAUGUGAGGUUUUAUGUGUUGGUUUUGGAGGUGUGUCUUGGUCUGUUCAGCUCAGAAAAUGCCGCCCUCAUCAAUCUCCCGCCAUAGGUGGCCCCCUAAUCCUGCCUAAUGAGUGGGCAGACCAUGCCUAUACCAUAUCAUAAUUGCAUCAAUAAAUUGGUUAUAACAAACUCUGAACACCGUAACACCAAAAUGGAUGCAGAGGACAUGACAAACUCAAAAGGGGGGAAUAUUUACAGGUUGCUCAGGAGGUAAAGGGAAAGUGGAUUAAAUGUGACUAGUUGUGGAAAAUACUGGAGAUCAAGAAAACAGAGGUAAGGAGCCAGCACUGCGUGCAUAUUAUGUGCAGUAAAGUAUAAGCGUACCAGAGAGUCUGUAACAUGUUUGUUUUUUGUUUUUUUAUUACAGAAAAGACUAAAAACAUUUUAAUUCAUUCGUGAAUGCAAUUUCCGAAAUGGAAUGGUUUAUUGUUUAAGCUAAUUAUUCAAGGCUCGCUUUAUUUUAAAAUUGAAACGCUUUAAAGCAUUUCAAAUCAUGAAUGACUCGUAUGCUGUGUGAUCACAUGAACGAGUGAAGGAUUGACUGAUACAGUAGCCUAUAGAAGUGUUGAAAUGCAGUCCUAAGUAAGUUAUGAUAUUAAGACUAAAUAGGCCUACAGCUUGACGUUGGUUAUACAAGGCUGCUAUGCUAAGCCUACUAAUGAUAAUGACAUGAGUUAUUAUUAUAAUAAUAGUAAUAAUGAGAUCAAGAAAAAUGAGUGUUCUUAUAAAAAAAAUACAAUUUGGUACAGUGUAAACACUCAAUUAUAAAUAAUACCAGAGGCUGUUCUAACAAACAAAGUGUAAAGCCUUUAUUACAGCAACGCAAAGAUUAAAAACAGGCAUCUCGUUGCGUAGCCUCACGGAAUCAGUAGGCUGUUAAACAAACAUUCAUACCGAAAACAGAAGCAGGCUCUGUCUCAUUUCUGUAGGUAUAUUGAUGAUUUUUAAAGCUAGGCACAUUUAACAGUUAGGCUAUUGAUUAUAAACCUAAUUAAGUUCGGGUUUCCUCCUCACUUUCCUUAAGACAAUAAGGCAAGGGCUGUUUUCUCAUUUCCUCGUUCUGCUGCUGCCUCCUGCAUUGUUCUCAACACCAAUAUGCUGGUUAACUUUGCUAUUAUGCACAUAGCAACAUGGUCUAGGAAAAGAAGCCAAUUCAACAGUGCACUGAGGUGUUUCAGAACCAUGGAUAGCAACCGCUAUCCAACAAAGGAGAAAGCUCAUUUGUUAUUACUUUUAUUAUUGUUGCACCAUUGUAUAUGUUAUAUAACCACAUACAAUUUCAGUAACACACCUUAGACUGAUGGACUGUGCCUCCCCCACGGCCUCCACAAUGGAUCAGGUGUCUUGUACACAUGAUAUAUAUAGCACCAGUCAAAAGUUUGGACACACCUACUCAUUCCAGGGUUUUCUUUAUUUCUACUACUUUCUACAUUGUAGAAUAAUAGUGGAGACAUCAAAACUAUGAAAUAACACAUAUGGAAUCAUGUAGUAACCAAAAAAGUGUUAAACAAAUCAAAAUAUAUUUUAUAUUUGAGACUCUUCAAAGUGGGGGGAGGUAUUAUUAUUAGGAAUGGUGUUUCUAAUGUUUGGUAUACUCAGUGUAAUUAUUCCUGUUUUUUACUACUACUGUACUGUCAAAGGAAUUAUCUAAGUAAGCCUCAUUGAUGGCCAACAAAGUUAGCAAGUUAUUGAGUUCAUUAUCCUUAUUUCUGAGGCUAUAUAUUGUAUAUUAAUAUUGGCUAUUUGGGUGGGAGAGUUAAUGCGCCUGGGUGAAAGGUAGACUAGUGGUUAGAGUGUUGGAUCAGUAACCGAAAGGUUGCGAGUUCGAAUCCCUGAACCUGAAAAAUCUUUCAAUCUACCCUUGAGCAAGGCUCCAGGAUCGCUGUCAAUAAUGUCUGAACCCCGGCUGUGACUUCACUUUCCCGAGGGUGUUUAUUUGUAAUUUAUCCCUUAUUUUACCAGGUUGACUGAGAACACAUUCUCAUUUACAGCAAUGACCUGGGCAAUAGUUACAGGGGAGAGGAGUGGGGAUGAAUGAGCCAAUUGGAAGCUGGGGAUGAUUAGGUGGCCAUGAUGGUAUGAGGGCCAGAUUGGGAAUUUAGCCAAGACACCGGGGUUAACACCCCCUACUCUUACAAUAAGUACCUUGUGUCAUGAAGCUAGCCCUUUCAGUGAAUCGGCUAGCAGAGAUGUGAACAACCCCUCCCCCUCCUCUCCUGUUAAGAGGGGCCUCAUUUAUGACUUUACAACCAUGUCAUACAUUAUUGUCAAAACUUGUCUCUCUGGCCAUGCAGUAUGGGAGAGAGAGUGUCACAGUAGAGCAAAGGAACUCUCCCGCCAAAUACUCCUACCUCCCCGAAUUGGAGAAUUAAACAUUGUUCCUAAUUUAGAGAAUGUGGAAACGGUCGGUGGAGAACCCAGCUACAACCUGGUCCGUUUUGAUUCCAUGUUUGUGACCUCAUGAAAGACAAUACAGCCACAUUACCCUAACUCUGUUUAUACAGGUAUCAUACAGGUACAGUUAUGAGGCUUGCAUCUGAAUGUUGAAUAAAAUGUUUGACAAAGUAUAAGAAUACUUUUGAAAAGAUAACAAUGUGAUUUAGUCUUCUAAAAUGAAAAGUGUUUGUUUUAUCGUAACGUGUGCCCACUCAGUGUGCCCCGCCCAAGUGAAUAGACAUUGGUUGGAAAUUAUGAACCAACCCCUUUUCCACUCUAGCAUAAAAGCCCCUGUGAAGAAAAGUCACCUCAGUUCCAAAUAAUGUGAGGACUUGUCCUCAUGUUUAAAAAGGGCUAUUUCUAAUUUCAACCCUACAGGCCAGAAAACGUGAGAGCUUGCUCCACAUGUGAAAUGGUAUGAACUCUGAACUAUUGAUCACUCAAGAAGAAGUGAGUCCUAGAUUACAGCCUAACAGACUGCAGCUGGAAAGGUAGAAAAUCUAGAAAGAACAUUGUCCGACGCAGAAAACCACAACUUCUCACUCCACAACGACCCGGCAGAAUCUACAAAGGACAGGACAAGGGUGACCUCGACUGGGCAAACCAGAGCUUUACAUUACCAGCUCAAUCGUAAAUACGGAUUAUAUUCCUUUAUCAAACAAGCGAUUGUUAAAGUGCAUUUGUAUUCAUAUUUAUGCGAGAAUAGCUUCCCACGUCCGAUAGAGACCCAUGUUUCAUUGUAUUUCCCCCCCCCCUUUCCUCUCUGAAUCGAUCGUGUUAUAACCAAACUGUUUUUGUUUCAUCCACUAGGGACAGUAUUUACUGUAUAAUCUUAUUAUGUGUCAUAUUCUGUAAUUAUUUAAUUAGUUAGUAAAUAAAUAAUUGAGCCAAUUUGGGUAUGGAUGUUUCAUAGUAAAGGCUGGGUUUGUGCAGAUUAAAUUAAAUUCUGAUUGACAGCUAUUGAUAUAAAAUAUCUUCAGAUCUUUAAGAGUGGAUUCGGGAGAUGGAAGCUCUAUAUAAACUAACUCUUCUGUGGUGCCCCAGGUUAUUAAUGAGUAGGUUAUUAAUGAGUUAAUUGUUGCAUGGUUUAAUUCAAUCACGUAAUCAAUCAAACGUUAGGUAAUCGAUUUGAUAAAGUUGCUUGUCAUCACAUUAAAGAAGUCGGAGACAUGACACUUGGGAUCUUUAGUGACCACAGAGUCAGGACACCCGAUAAAAAAUAAAUUGACCAGAGGAAAUAGUGCCUCCUAUUGGCCCUUCACCACCACUUCCUGCAAAAACUGGUCUCCCAUCCAGAACUGCUU